AACAUGGCUGUCGCACGUGAACCUCUGUGCGUCUAUAUAAACGGAUGUUCAGCCAACAGCCAUCAUCAGUGGCAUCAUGACGGUGAAGGCUCUAGUCUCGUUAGCCAUCGUCGCCUGUUGUGGAUUCGUCCACGCCCAGCAGGCGAGCGACUGCGCCAGCAUGUGCAGGAGCAUCGCACCUCCUGGGUUCCUGAUUCCAUCGGGGCCUCAGUCAAUUUUUGGCUUCGGGCGCGCCGGCCACGCUAAGAAACAUGGUGCAGCGCAGCGCUCCUCUGUGCACCACGGAGCGGCCAGCCGCCAGAGCGGGUCGUCCAACAGCGAAGCCUGCGAGAACCUGUGCAAGAGCCUCGAGCAGGGUAUGGGCAAUGGACGGGAAUUCACUUGUCCAACCUUCUGCAAUGGUUUCAGCGGGUCUUCUGGGCGAUCUGUUCCCUCAGCACGAAGCAUACAUAAGCAUGCCGGUAGCCGCUCGGCUCACGCCCUGAAGAAACACCGCGGCGUACGUUCGGUGAUGCCGCUCCCGCUCGCUGCCCAACAAUCCCGCCAGCAGCGACAAGACAACGGCGUAACAGAAUUCUGCAACGCCGUGUGCCCUACGCUUACGGAGAUUUUUUUCCCGGGCUUUCUAAUACCAGGCGGAUCAGCAGGUGGAUCAGGAGGAACAAGUAGCUCAGGUGGUUCCUAUGGGUCUGGCGGCUCAGCUGACAGUUCAGGUGGAUCAAGUGCAACCACUGGUGGAGCUGAUGACUCUACUGGCUCUGCAAAUGGCCAAAGUGGCUCUACUGGCGGAUCCACGGAAUCUUCAGGUUCUGGUGUGACUACUGGCGGUUCAAGCGGAUCCUCAGGCGGCUCUGGUGGAUCAGAAGACUCUACUGGCAGUUCUACUGGGUCUACUGAUGGUUCUAGUGCUUCUAAUGAUGGAGCCUCCGGAUCUUCAAAUUCUGGUGAGACUGCAGAUGGUUCAGGCGGAUCGACAGGCGCCUCUGGUGGAUCAGGAGGCUCUACUGGCAGUUCUGCUGGGUAUACAGAUGGCUCUGGUGCAUCUAAUGAUGGGACGACAGGAUCUUCAACUUCUGGCUCGACUACAGGGGGUUCAAGCGGAUCUACAGGUAACUCUGAUGGAUCAGACGACUCUAGCGGUAGUACACAUGGUUCAAGUGGGUCUACAGGCAGCUCUGGUGGAUCAGAUGACUCUACUGGCGGUUCUUCUGGGUCGACAGAUGGCUCUGGUGCAUCUAAUGAUGGAUCGACCGGGUCUUCAACUUCUGGCUCGACUACAGGGGGUUCAAGCGGAUCUACAGGUAGCUCUGGUGGAUCAGACGACUCUAGUGGUAGUACACAUGGUUCAGGUGGGUCUACAGGCAACUCUGGUGGAUCAGACGACUCUACUGGCGGUUCUUCUGGGUCGACAGAUGGCUCUGGUGCAUCUAAUGAUGGAACGACCGGAUCUUCAAGUUCUGGCUCGACUACAGAAGGUUCAAGUGGAUCUACAGGCAGCUCUGGUGGAUCAGACGACUCUACUGGCGGUUCUACUGGUUCCAAUGGUGGAGCCACUGAAUCAUCAAGUUCUGGUGGGAGUACAGAUGGUUCAAGCGGAUCUACAGGCAGCUCCAGUGGAUCACAUGACUCUAAUGGCAGCUCUAGUGGGUCUACAGGUGACUCUAGUUCUUCUGAUGAUGGAUCCAGCGGUUCUUCAAGUUCUGGUUUCACUACAGAUGGUUCAAGCGGCAGUUCUCAUGGGUCAGAUGACUCCACUACUAGUUCUAAUGAAUCUAGUGAUGACAUUACAGGAUCAUCAGGUUCUGAUGCAACUACAGAUGGUUCAGGUGGAACAACUGGUAGCUCUGACGGAUUAGGUGUCUCCAGCAGUGGGCAAGGUGGAUCUGAUGAUGGAUCAGUCAGUUCCGGCGGUGGAGAGAAUUAUCCUGAUAUCGACAUCUGCCUCUUCGAGCCGAGGAAAAGUGCAGGUGAACGCAAAGCAGCAUCGAAGUCAAGUUCGUCAGUAAAAUCUACAGCAACAAGACAUGGAGGAAAGGAAAGGAAGAGAAUAAAUGCGGCUGCCAGAUCUGGUCACAAACAUGGAUCGAAAACUUCAGCUUCCAGAGCACAUCGAAGACAACAUACAGCACAUGGUCACUAACGUUUCAGUUCAGUUAUUCCAUGUUUACCUACUUACUGUAGCAAAGUCUUGUUUCUAUUCUCAUUCCUGUUGUCACUACAAUCACAAAAAAAUACAUAUUAGCUUGUUCACAAGCUAUGCUGGAUAAAAAUAAAUAUUAUUUUUCAACA